AUUCAUUUCUCUGAUUUCAGAAUAUCUAUAUGAUGGAGGCAGCGUUGGAGACAGCACUUGCAAGAUUCAACCAGCUUACUCUGCGCUGACAAGAAGAUGGACUUCUGGUGUAACAUCAGCAGAAACAAUGAAUAAUUCUCGAAUCCGCAACAAUGAAACCAGGAUAGCAAAAUCUAAAAGUCAGUUUGGUUAUGAAUGUGAAAUCUGCCAUAAGAAGAUGGGCUCAAGCUCACAUUUGAAAGUACACAUGAAUGUUCAUACAGGCAAUAGACCAUAUAAGUGCACAUUCUGUUUGAAAGGAUUUACUCAGUCAUCCAGUCUGAAUUUGCAUCUUCGGAAUGUUCAUCGGGUUGCAACAAGCAAGUCCAGGAAAAUAAAUAAGCUCUAAAUAAAAGACAGGAUUCAUGUUGUAUGUGUUUAACACCUCCUUUGAUCUACAUGUAAUUAGAAUUUCUGACCACAAUUGUAUUUUCAACAAAUUCUUUUAAACAGCAGGGUGUUUUGUUAUAAGCAACCAGAAGAAAUUACCAUGUGCAUGCUGAAAAUGAACCUUAUGCCAUUAUAUUAAAAGAAAAUUGUUGUCACUGCUGUUGAAGCCGAUAUCACAAUAAAGUUGUGUACUUCAAAGAUGAGAAUAUAAUAUGAAGGUCAUAUUUAGUUU